AUGGCUGCCGCCCAUCGUUUGGUUAUUGUCCGCCAUGGCGAGAGCGCCUGGAACCAAGAGAACCGCUUCUGUGGCUGGUUCGAUGCUGACCUCAGUGAAAAGGGAGUGGAGGAGGCCAAGCGUGGUGCCCAGGCUAUCAAGGAGGCAGGCAUGAAGUUUGAUGUGUGCUACACCUCUGUGCUGAAACGUGCCAUCAAGACCCUGUGGACCAUCAUGGAGGGCACAGACCAGAUGUGGCUGCCUGUGAUUCGUACCUGGCGUCUGAAUGAGCGCCACUACGGAGGCCUCACUGGACUCAACAAGGCAGAGACGGCUGAAAAGCACGGUGAAGAGCAGGUGAAGAUCUGGCGUCGUUCCUUUGACAUCCCACCUCCACCCAUGGAUAAGGACCACCCUUAUCACAAAAUCAUCAGCGAGUCUCGGCGUUACAAAGGCUUGAAGCCUGGUGAGCUGCCCACAUGUGAGUCACUUAAAGAUACCAUUGCCCGCGCUCUGCCUUUCUGGAAUGAAGUCAUUGUUCCUGAAAUCAAAGCUGGGAAGAAUGUUAUCAUUGCUGCCCAUGGGAACAGCCUCCGUGGCAUUGUCAAGCACUUAGAGGGUAUGUCUGAUGCAGCCAUCAUGGAGCUGAACCUUCCCACAGGAAUCCCAAUUGUGUAUGAGUUGGAUGCCAACCUGAAGCCCAUUAAGCCCAUGUCUUUCCUCGGUGAUGAGGAAACUGUAAAGAAGGCCAUGGAGGCUGUAGCUGCCCAGGGCAAAGCAAAGAAAUAA